AUGGCACGCCGCGAGGAACUGGAACCGCUCAGAAACUACGGAUUCGAUGCAGCAUUUGCUGAGCAAAUUGAUUUCUGUGGAAUCGGUGUAAUUAGAUAUCUCGGAAUCAAAAAUCUACUAUGGAUCUCAACCACACCGCUAAUGGAUGCAGUCAGCUAUAACUUGGGUCAGUUGAAUAGAUUAUCGGAGCAUCUCUGCUGCUUGUGUUCUUCCAGCUAUUCGAGCAUCUCGUAG